AUGAAAAAUUAGAAAACUCAAAGAAGCGAUACUCAGCUCCGAUUGUCUCUCUUAACUUUUCUUUUGCCCUCUCUUAAACCCAUUCGCCGGUCAUCCGCCGCCGUUAAACUUCUCCGGUGGUCACACUUAAUCCUCAGCCUUGUUCUUCAACCUUUUCCUCUGUUUUCCAUGGCGACUACGAGAUUUUCCACUAACACUGAGUUCAAUGGUUGUUUAGCUAAUUUGAACAUCCCUUGUUCUCAGCCAAAAUCGAGCCCCACCCAGAUGUUUUUACGCUUUCAUACUCCGAAAUGUUUAUCCGAUGAUGGGUCGAUUCGGUUUUCAGUGAAACCCAAAGGAUUUGGGAAAAUUGGAGUUGCUUCUUCUUUACCGAAGAGGAAUUUUUGUGUGGAGGCGAAAGAAGGUCUUACUUAUAAGGAUGCUGGAGUUGAUAUAGACGCUGGUACUGAGCUUGUGAGGAGGAUUGCUAAAAUGGCCCCUGGUAUUGGCGGCUUUGGUGGUCUUUUUCCUCUAGGUGAUUCAUAUCUUGUCGCUGGCACUGAUGGUGUUGGAACUAAACUAAAGCUUGCUUUUGAGACUGGGAUUCAUGACACUAUAGGAAUUGAUUUGGUUGCUAUGAGUGUUAAUGACAUUGUUACUUCUGGAGCAAAGCCACUGUUCUUUCUUGAUUACUUUGCUACAAGCCACCUUGAUGUUGACCUUGCUGAAAAGGUGAUAAAAGGAAUUGUGACUGGUUGCCAACAAUCCGACUGUGCUCUUCUCGGUGGGGAGACAGCGGAGAUGCCAGGCUUCUAUUCAGAGGGUGAAUACGAUCUCAGUGGUUUUGCUGUAGGCAUUGUUAAGAAAGAUUCUGUUAUUGAUGGGAAAAAUAUUGUGGCCGGAGAUCUUCUUAUUGGUUUGCCAUCUAGUGGAGUCCAUUCAAAUGGAUUCUCUCUAGUAAGAAGGGUUAUUGAGCGAAGUGGUCUAUCGUUGAAAGAUAAGCUUCCUGGUGGUGAUGUUACGCUAGGUGAGGCCUUAAUGGCCCCUACUGUGAUAUAUGUCAAACAGGUACUUGACAUUAUCAGUAAGGGAGGGGUUAAGGGGAUAGCUCACAUCACGGGUGGCGGUUUUACCGAUAAUAUUCCCCGAGUUUUUCCCGAUGGCCUUGGAGCUGUCAUUUACAAGGAUUCAUGGGAAAUCCCACCUGUAUUUAAUUGGAUUCAAGAGGCGGGGAAGAUCGAAGAUGUUGAAAUGAGACGGACGUUCAACAUGGGAGUUGGCAUGGUUCUUGUAGUGAACCAAGAGGUGUCUCAAAGAAUACUCAAUGACAGUCAUGGAACUAACAGAGCUUACCUCAUCGGAGAGGUUGCGGAGGGCGAAGGAGUAAGAUUUCUGUAAUCUAUCAGUUGAAAUUUUUGUAACCAAAAGUCUUAGUUUCAACAAGGAAUUGAGCAUUUAACCUAUGAUGGGUUAUGAAACUGAAGGAGACAUCUUCUUUAUGGUAAUGAGUGUUCUCAAAAUUUUACCAUCUUGUGUUAAAUAAGUUGAUGUCUAGUGGCUGUUUCAACA